AUGCUCGACAGUGCCUCGUCAUGCAAAAUCCGCGUCGCUAUCAUAGGUGCCGGGAUUGCCGGCCUCUCUGCUGCUGCAUUCCUUCGAAAAAAUCGCCAUUGCAAUAUCGUUGUCUACGAGCGUCGUGAAGCAGACUCUCAGGAGACUUCCGCAGCACUCGGGCUAGGAGCAAACGGUAUCUCUAUUGUCAAGCAGCUCGGAAUCGAUAGGAAAGAACUUCGCGGGGUGGUGGGCGCCGGAUAUCGGACUUACAACCUUCACGAGAAGGAGAUGAGCAAAUCCCGGAUCAGUAAUGGACAGAAUGAAGACUGUGGUAUGUGGCUUGUAUAUCGACAGGAUCUUAAGGAUGCCUUGUUGCGAAGAGUCACCAGUGAGGACAGCGAUGCGGAGGAUGUCAAGUUAGUAUACGGCUGUCACAUUGUGAAGCUUGAUCCGGAGGCUGGUGUUAUUGAAUUUGCAGACGGAAGUUCCCUCGAAGCCGAUCUGAUUAUCGGCGCUGAUGGCAUUCGCUCCAAGGUCCGCGGAGCCGUUAUUCCGGCAUCGCACCCAGAGCCCGUGCCGUGCGGUCUCUCAAUGUAUCGAUUUGUCAUUCCAAUGGAUGUCGUCAUGAACACUGUCACGACCCACGGAACUAUUCCAGCUAUGUACAACUACGACGACGGAACGUUCAUAGCAGUCAUAGCCGCUGGAGAUAAAGACAACCGCAACGUAAUUAUGUAUCCCUGUCAGGGGCAUAAACUGAUGAACUGCGUCUGUGCGGUCCCGGACUCGAGUCUCAAGAACCCAGACAAGCUUGAAUACUCCUGGACCGCCAAGGGGAGUGUGGAAGAGCUGCUCGAGGAGAUUCAUGACUUCCCUAAGUGGUUAAAACAAGUCUUCAGCCACACUCCUCAAGUGGCGCUCUUUCAAGUUCGGGACCAGGAGCCUUUGCCCACGUAUAUCAAGGGCCGAACCGUUUUGAUCGGCGAUGCUGCUCAUGCCAUGGUACCUUAUCAAGCCCAAGGCGUCAAUCAGGCAUUCGAGGAUGUGGAGGGUCUCAACUUCUUAUUUGCAAACACCUCCGAUCGCAACAGUAUACCUAGCCUUUUGCAUAUCUGGGAUAGCAUCCGCCGGCCACGAGCAUCGGAAAUCCAAGCGAGUUCGCGGGCUUCUCAAGCUAAAAUCGCGACAAAGAGUGCAGGCAAGGCCAUUCUGUCAGUAAAGCCUUAUGUGGGUAUGAAAGAAGCUCUCGAGCAGCUGGAGAUGUAG